AUGGCCACGCAUUGGACCCAGGAGUUUUCUCAAGCGCCCCCCCCCCACCACCUAUGCACCUAUACAGUCCCAAUGCGACGACCUGAUCUACAAUAA